CAGCGUCGAUAUCAGAGGCUCCCACCUGCUUCGCUCACUGUACUUUACGCAUCGCGUCAUCAUGCGUGAAAUUGUACAUCUGCAAAUUGGACAAUGUGGCAACCAAAUCGGCUCAAAGUUCUGGGAAGUGAUCACAGAGGAACAUGGCAUUAGCGCAACAGGCAUCUACGGGGGAGACGACAACAUCCAACUGGAGAGGGUCAAUGUCUACUUCAAUGAAGCACAUGGUAAGACACCUUUGUUCAUCGAGUCCAAGUUAUUAACAUGUCAAAGAAACGCUCAAGAAAUGUCCACUGUGUGUCCAGGUGGUAAAUAUGUGCCCAGGUCCCUGCUGGUGGACCUGGAGCCUGGCACCAUGGACAGCAUCAGAGGAAGCCGAAUUGGUGCUCUUUUUAGGCCAGACAACUUCAUCCAUGGCAACUCCGGCGCUGGCAAUAACUGGGCAAAGGGCCACUACACAGAGGGAGCUGAGCUGAUAGAACAGGUGAUUGACCGAGUGAGGAACGAAAGUGAGAGCUGCGACUGCCUGCAAGGCUUCCAGCUGGUCCACUCCCUCGGCGGCGGCACCGGCUCCGGCAUGGGCACCCUCAUCAUCAACAAGAUUCGAGAGGAGUACCCCGACCGGAUCAUGACCAGCUUCAGUGUCAUGCCCUCCCCUAAGGUCUCUGACACGGUGGUGGAACCCUACAACGCCACCCUGUCGGUCCAUCAGCUCCUGGAGAGCACAGAUGAGACCUUCAGCAUUGACAACGAGGCGUUAUACGAUAUAUGCUUCCGUACGCUUAAAUUGACCACGCCUACUUACGGGGACCUCAACCACCUGGUGUCCUUGACCAUGAGCGGGGUCACCACCUCCCUGAGGUUCCCUGGGCAGCUCAACGCAGACCUGAGAAAGCUGGCGGUCAACAUGGUGCCAUUCCCCCGCCUCCACUUCUUCAUGCCAGGCUUUGCCCCGCUGACGGCCCGCGGCAGUCAGCAGUACCGAGCCCUCACGGUGCCCGAGCUCACCCAGCAGAUGUUUGAUGCCCGCAACAUGAUGACGGCUUGCGACCCCAGAAGGGGCCGCUACCUCACUGUUGCUGGUGUCUUUCGUGGGAGGAUGUCCACCAAGGAGGUGGACGAACAAAUGCUGGCCAUCCAGCAGAAAAACAGCAAUUACUUUGUGGACUGGAUCCCUCACAACGUCAAGGUAGCCGUAUGUGACGUACCACCCCGAGGCCUCAAACUGGCCUCCACUUUCAUCGGCAACAACACGGCCAUCCAGGAGAUAUUCCGUCGAAUAGGUGAUCAGUUCUCCCUGAUGUUCAGACGCAAGGCCUUCCUCCACUGGUACACGGGCGAGGGCAUGGACGAGUUGGAGUUCACCGAGGCUGAGAGCAACCUCAGCGACCUGGUGUCAGAGUACCAGCAGUACCAAGACGCCACGGCCGACCUGGAGUCCGAAUUGGAGGAUGCAGAGGAGGAGGAGCCCUUGAGGCCUGCGGCCAUGGUGGUUCAGUCUCGGAUGGAAGUUAAAAUGGAAACAGUGACAGAAACAAGUAAAGAAACUGACGAUUAAUGGAAGACUUUGGGGAUGCAGUCUGGUUAUGUGGGAUACAUGUGUAAAGACUUUUAUGACAAUUUGGAACCCUGUGUUCGUACUGAUAGUGUGCGAUGUAGUUUAACACAGAACAGAACACCACAUACUUAACCAUUUCUCCGCCGACUACUAAGAGUCUUGUCUCCAAAACCAGCAAAUGUGACCUGAUGUAAUCCCAGCACUGGCCUUUGAGAGGCAGCAAUGUGCUUCAGUGGACCCAGACUGCCAGAGACUAAAAAUGAAGAAGAGACGAGGCUAGCUGUGAGCCUAUCUGGCAAGUCCAUUGUGGUCUCGAUCUUUUCCAUGGAUGACUUUAUUUGUAAGAGGGGAAUUGGGACCAAAAUUGGCUAUAUUAUCUUUAAACGUGUACGCCGCUUGAGAAAAACGUGUUGUAAAAAUAACUCAUCAAUAUAUAUUACAUGAUAAAUGUCUAUCAUAAAAUGGUACUACAUGGUGCUGUGGAAUAUUUAUACAUUUGUACUUUAACUGCAUGGAUUGUAUGCUUGUAAGAUACCUUUGACCCUGCACAGCAGUAUAGAAUUCAGAUAACUGGAGGGAUAUUUUUGGCUGUAUAUACGCAUUACUGUCUUUGUUUAAUUCAUCUGUAUUUAAUUUGAUUGUGUUUAAAAUGUUUCUGAAGACAUCCGUGUCCAUUAUUUAAGUACAUGCAUUUAAAAAAAUGAAAAAAAGAGAGAAAAAAGUCGUAAUGUUACUACAAUGACAUUGCAUUGUUGCAUAAAAAAAGUUGUAAAAUAUUUUAAAUCUUACAUUUUUCACAUAAUGCUUGAAAUUCUGUCUUGUAAUUUUUUUUAUUCCUGUAGUGUUGUUUUUCAGUGCAUCCCCCAAUAAAUUCAAUAAUAAUGACGAAAACAUAUUUUUAGUGUAACAGGACUCUCACUAGAGUGAUGGACUGUAUUGGAGCUGAUAGUGUGUUCUGGCUGUCUGUCAUGUCACAUCGUUUCCUCCCACUGAGAGCAGUGGUCUGGGACUUUGAGAUUACACAUCAUGUUGCCUUGAGUGUUUGUGCCAUGUUGAUAAGCACGUUUGAAUAGUUGGUGCAAGAUGUUCCUGCAAUAAAGUUGGCAAGAUUCUUAUAUUUGUUUAUUGUGUUGUAGUUAAUAAUAUCCAAAAAUACUGCACACAUUAUGAAUGCAAAAGGUACAAAAAAGUGCAUGCUUAGCUCAAAAAUAAGGUUUUGGAUUGGAAUGAAGACUGGGAAAGAUAAGGACUGGCACUUUUUACUCAGGACAAGGACACAAAGUCCUCAGUGACAAGGACAAUGGCCCACUCAAUA